CUCUCGCCCUACCCCUGGGGAGUCCACGCCUCCAUCCUUUUCCCCGCCUCCUGUAACUCACUGGGAGAGCUUUACGCCAGUUAACGCCGCCGUUACCCAAUGGCCACCCAACUAUCCCUUCGGUUCCGCCCGGGGGUCUCCGCGAGCUUGGCGCUGCCUAGGUGUGCGCAUGCGCUCAAGCGCUUCUACUUUUGGAUCUUUUCCCUUGCACCUAGAUUCUGCGCACGCCCACAGGGCUCCGCCGCUUUUUAUCGCUCCAUCACCUCCCUGCGCUUGCGCAUUCAUGUCGUAAGGUUUUCCUUUUCCGGGUCCCAACUGGGCCCGUCGGGCGCAUGCGCCACUGCAGGCUGGCGGCUCGCGGCUCCUGCUUCCGGCCUCCCCCUUGGGCCGGCUCCCGCAGAAGCGGGGCGAACGCGGAGGCCGAAGCGAGUGACCUGUGACCCCGGAAGUGGACCUCAGUGUCCCCGGGCUCUCCCGGGCCGGAGCCGAGAGAGCCGUCACCUGUACCCCCGGAGCACCCACCCCACGCCCACUUCUGGAUGCCGCCGACGGGUACCCGGCCCGUGCCCCGCGCCUGCCUGCCGGCUCGGCCCCUCGGAGCAGUUCUGGGCCGGGGGUGGGGGCCCAGACCCCGCCCCUGAUGCGGCUCCACCCCCGCGCCCGAGCUUCGCGCCGUUGACCGCCUCGGCCGGCCCCGCCCCCUGCCCGCACCUUCGCCUGGCCGACCCCUCUCCCCCGCUGGGGGAGGCCAUGGCGUGAGCGCGAGGCCGGGCCCCGGGGCCCUCGGGCGCCAGGCGGGGCAUGGGCCGGGGGCCGCCCCCAUGAGGGUCCCGGGAGGGGGGCGCGCGCAGCAGCGGCGAGGCCAUGGGGUCGCAGGUAUUGCAGAUCCUGCGCCAGGGGGUGUGGGCCUCGCUCACCGGCGGUUGGUUCUUCGACCCGCACCAGAGCACCUUCUCCAACUGCUUCCAUCUCUAUGUGUGGAUCUUCCUGCUCACCUUUCCCUUCUUGCUGUACAUGGUCCUGCCCCCCAGCUUGAUGGUGGCUGGUGUGUACUGCCUUGUGGUGGCUGUCAUCUUCGCUACCAUCAAGACUGUGAACUAUCGGCUGCAUGCCAUGUUCGACCAGGGCGAGAUUGUGGAGAAGCGCAACUCUACCAUAGGAGAGCCAGAGGAAGCGCCCGCCCAGGGGGACAGCAGUCUGCCCAGGGACCCUGGAGUGGAGAUGACAGUGUUUCGGAAAGUGAGUUCCACACCCCCAGUGCGCUGUAGCUCCCAGCAUUCCGUGUUUGGCUUCAACCAGGUCUCGGAGUUGCUGCCCCGGAUGGAGGACUCCGGGCCCCUCAGAGACAUCAAGGAGCUAGUGCGAGAGCAGGGCAGCAACAACGUGAUCGUGACCUCAGCUGAUCGAGAGAUGCUGAAGCUAAACUCGCAGGAGAAACUGAUUGGAGACCUUCCCCAGACGCCCCCGGGAGCUGCCCCAGAUCCCUCUCUCCCGAGCACGGAUUCUUCAGAACGUUCUCCCCUGGCUGGAGAUGGAGCUCCCUGGAGUGGGAGCAGUAUGGCUGACACUCCCAUGAGCCCCCUGCUGAAGGGGAGCCUCAGCCAGGAGCUGAGCAAGAGCUUCCUGACCCUGACGCGGCCUGACCGGGCCCUGGUGAGGACCAGCAGUCGACGGGAACAACGCCGGGGAGCGGGCGGCUACCAGCCCCUGGACCGGCGGGGCUCAGGUGAGCCCCUGCCCCAGAAAGCCGGCUCCUCCGAUUCCUGCUUCAGUGGCACUGACCGGGAGACACUGAGCAGCUUCAAGAGUGAGAAGACCAACUCCACCCACCUGGACAGCCCCCCUGGUGGGCAGGCCCCUGAGGGCAGCGACACAGACCCACCUUCUGAGGCUGAGCUGCCUGCCUCACCAGAUGCUGGAGUCCCCUCUGACGACACGCUGCGUUCCUUUGACACAGUCAUAGGAGCAGGGACGCCGCCGGGCCCAGCUGAGCCGCUCUUGGUUGUCCGGCCCAAGGACUUGGCCCUGCUGCGGCCUGGCAAACGGCGGCCACCCGUGCGAAGACACUCCCCACCCGGCCAUGCCCCUCGGCGGCCCCUGCUUGAAGGCGGGGGCUUCUUUGAGGACGAAGACACCAGCGAGGGCAGCGAACUGAGCCCAGCCUCCAGUCUCCGAUCUCAGCGCCGCUACAGUACUGAAAGCUCCUCUUCUACUUCCUGCUACUCCCCCGAGAGCUCCCGGGGUGCAGCAGGGGGACCCCGGAAGCGACGGGCCCCCCAUGGGGCUGAGGAGGGGACUGCUGUGCCCCCCAAGCGGCCCUAUGGGACCCAGCGGACGCCUAGUACCGCCAGCGCCAAAACACAUGCCCGUGUGCUGAGCAUGGAUGGGGCAGGGGGUGAUGUCCUGAGGGCCCCGCUGGCUGGUUCCAAGGCUGAGCUGGAGGCCCAGGCAGGGGUGGAGCUGGCUGCUGGUGAGCCUGCUGUGCUGCCCACUGAGGCCCGGAGGGGACCUGCUGCCAACCAGCCCGGCUGGCGGGGGGAGCUGCAGGAGGAAGGUGCUGUGGGAGGAGCGGCCGAGGAGACUGGCAAACAGGACCGCUCGAGCAAUGUGAGGCGGACCCAGGCGAUCCGGAGGCGCCACAAUGCAGGCAGCAACCCCACUCCUCCAGCCUCCGUCAUGGGCUCGCCCCCCAGCCUGCAGGAGGCUCAGCGCGGCCGGGCCGCCUCCCACUCCCGGGCGCUGACGCUGCCUUCUGCCUUGCACUUCGCCUCGUCGCUGUUGCUUACCCGGGCCGGAGCCAACGUGCACGAGGCCUGCACCUUUGACGACACCUCUGAGGGUGCCGUGCACUACUUCUACGAUGAGAGUGGUGUGCGGCGCUCCUACACCUUUGGCCUGGCUGGAGGCGGCUACGAGAACCCAGUAGGGCAGCAGGGGGAGCAGGCAGCCAACGGAGCCUGGGACCGCCACUCGCAUUCCUCCAGCUUCCACUCAGCUGAUGUCCCAGAGGCAACAGGUGGCCUGAACCUGCUACAGCCAAGGCCUGUGGUUCUGCAGGGCAUGCAGGUGCGCCGAGUGCCCCUGGAGAUCCCAGAGUUUGACCUGCUGGACCAGGACUCCCUGCACGAAUCCCAGGAGCAGACGCUGAUGGAGGAGGCGCCGCCGCGUGCCCAGCACAGCUACAAGUACUGGCUCCUUCCUGGCCGCUGGACCUCCGUGCGCUACGAGCGGCUCGCCCUGCUGGCCCUGCUAGACCGGACGCGAGGGCUGGUGGAGAACAUUCUCGGCGUCGGCCUGAGCAGCCUUGUUGCCUUCCUGGGCUACCUGUUGCUGCUCAAGGGCUUCUUCACUGACAUCUGGGUCUUCCAGUUCUGCCUGGUCAUUGCCUCCUGCCAGUAUUCCCUGCUGAAGAGCGUCCAGCCUGAUGCGGCAUCUCCCAUGCACGGCCACAACUGGGUGAUCGCGUACAGCCGGCCUGUCUACUUCUGCAUCUGCUGUCUGCUCAUCUGGCUGCUGGACGCUCUGGGCUCAGCUCAGCCCUUCCCGCCCGUCUCCCUCUACGGCCUGACCCUUUUCUCCGCCUCCUUCUUCUUCUGUGCCCGUGACGUGGCCACUGUGUUCACCCUCUGCUUCCCGUUCGUCUUCCUCCUGGGCCUCCUGCCGCAGGUCAACACCUGCCUCAUGUACCUGCUGGAGCAGAUAGAUAUGCACGGCUUUGGGGGCACAGCCGCCACCAGCCCGCUCACAGCUGUCUUCAGCCUCUCCCGCAGCCUGCUGGCUGCUGCUCUGCUCUAUGGCUUCUGCCUUGGGGCCAUCAAGACUCCUUGGCCGGAGCAGCACGUCCCUGUCCUCUUCUCCGUCUUCUGUGGCCUCCUGGUGGCGCUGUCCUACCACCUGAGCCGGCAGAGCAGUGACCCCACUGUGCUCUGGUCUCUGAUCCGGAGCAAGCUGUUCCCUGAGCUGGAGGAGCGGAGCUUGGAGACAGCUCGGGCUGAGCCCCCAGACCCACUGCCGGACAAGAUGCGCCAGUCGGUGCGUGAGGUCCUGCACUCCGACCUAGUGAUGUGUGUUGUCAUCACUGUGCUCACCUUUGCCAUCAGCGCCAGCACCGUCUUCAUUGCCCUGAAGUCAGUGCUGGGUUUCGUGUUGUAUGCGCUGGCUGGGGCCGUGGGCUUCUUCACACAUUACCUGCUGCCACAGCUCCGCAAACAGCUGCCCUGGUUCUGCCUGUCGCAGCCCGUGCUGAAGCCGCUGGAGUACAGCCAGUACGAAGUGCGCGGCGCUGCCCAGGUGAUGUGGUUUGAGAAGCUGUACGCCGGCCUGCAGUGCGUUGAGAAGUAUCUCAUCUACCCUGCCGUGGUGCUCAACGCCCUCACGGUGGAUGCCCACGCUGUUGUCAGCCACCCGGACAAGUUCUGCCUCUACUGCCGGGCGCUGCUGAUGACUGUGGCUGGGCUGAAGCUGCUGCGCUCGGCCUUUUGCUGCCCGCCCCAGCAGUACCUGACCUUGGCCUUCACCGUCCUGCUCUUCCACUUCGACUACCCGCGCCUCUCCCAGGGCUUUCUGCUUGACUACUUCCUCAUGUCCCUGCUCUGCAGCAAGCUCUGGGACCUGCUGUACAAGCUGCGUUUUGUGCUGACCUACAUCGCGCCCUGGCAGAUCACCUGGGGCUCGGCUUUCCACGCUUUUGCCCAGCCCUUCGCCGUGCCACACUCGGCCAUGCUGUUCGUUCAGGCUCUCCUCUCUGCACUCUUCUCCACGCCACUCAACCCCCUGCUGGGCAGCGCCGUCUUCAUCAUGUCCUAUGCGAGGCCCCUCAAGUUCUGGGAGCGCGACUACAACACUAAACGUGUGGAUCAUUCUAACACCCGCCUAGUCACGCAGCUGGACCGGAACCCUGGCGCUGACGACAACAACCUCAACUCCAUCUUCUACGAGCACUUGACGCGCUCGCUGCAGCACACGCUGUGUGGGGACCUGGUGCUGGGCCGCUGGGGCAACUACGGCCCUGGCGACUGCUUCGUCCUGGCCUCCGACUACCUCAACGCCCUGGUGCACCUCAUCGAGGUUGGCAAUGGCCUCGUCACCUUCCAGCUGCGUGGCCUUGAGUUCCGGGGUACGUACUGCCAGCAGCGCGAGGUGGAGGCCAUCACGGAGGGCGUGGAGGAGGACGAGGGCUGCUGCUGCUGUGAGCCUGGCCACCUGCCGCGGGUCCUGUCCUUCAAUGCCGCCUUCGGGCAGCGCUGGCUGGCCUGGGAGGUGACAGCCAGCAAGUACGUGCUGGAGGGCUAUAGCAUCAGCGACAACAACGCUGCCUCCAUGCUUCAGGUCUUCGACCUCCGCAAGAUCCUCAUCACCUACUACGUCAAGAGCAUCAUCUACUAUGUGAGCCGCUCACCAAAGCUGGAGGCGUGGCUAAGCCACGAAGGCAUUGCAGCAGCCCUGCGGCCUGUGCGGGCGCCUGGCUAUGCGGACUCGGACCCCACCUUCUCACUGAGCGUGGAUGAGGACUAUGACCUUCGCCUUUCCGGCCUCUCGCUGCCCUCCUUCUGCGCGGUGCACCUCGAGUGGAUCCAGUACUGCGCCUCUCGGCGCAGCCAGCCCGUGGACCAGGAUUGGAACUCCCCGCUGGUUACACUGUGUUUUGGUCUGUGUGUGCUGGGCCGCCGGGCCCUGGGGACAGCCUCACACAGCAUGUCUGCCAGCCUGGAGCCCUUCCUCUAUGGCCUGCACGCCCUGUUCAAGGGGGACUUCCGCAUCACCUCCCCACGAGACGAGUGGGUCUUUGCCGACAUGGACCUGCUUCAUCGAGUGGUGGCGCCUGGGGUUCGCAUGGCCCUCAAGCUUCACCAGGACCACUUCACAUCCCCAGAUGAGUAUGAGGAGCCAGCUGCCCUGUAUGAUGCCAUCGCAGCCAACGAGGAGCGGCUGGUCAUCUCACACGAGGGCGACCCGGCCUGGCGCAGCGCCAUCCUCAGCAACACGCCCUCGCUGCUGGCACUGCGCCACGUCCUGGAUGACGCCUCUGAUGAGUACAAGAUCAUCAUGCUCAACCGGCGCCACCUUAGCUUCCGAGUCAUCAAGGUGAACCGCGAGUGUGUGCGAGGCCUGUGGGCCGGGCAGCAGCAGGAGCUGGUGUUCCUGCGAAACCGGAACCCAGAGCGGGGCAGCAUCCAGAACGCUAAACAGGCGCUGCGCAACAUGAUCAACUCCUCCUGCGACCAGCCGCUGGGCUACCCCAUCUACGUGUCGCCCCUCACCACCUCGCUGGCUGGCAGCCACCCCCAGCUGCGGGCGCUGUGGGGGGGCCCCGUCAGCCUGGGUGCCAUCGCCCGCUGGCUUCUGCACAGCUGGGAGAGGCUUCAUAAGGGCUGUGGUGCUGGCUGCAAUAGCGGUGGCAACGUGGAUGACUCGGACUGUGGCGGAGGUGGUGGCUUGACCUCCCUCAGCAAUAACCCCCCCUUGGCACACACCACACCUGAGAACACAGCAGGCAGUGGCGACCAAUCCCUCCCACCAGGCCCUGGCUGGGGCCCGCGGCCCUCCCUGAGUGGCUCUGGUGAUGGACGCCCCCCUCCUCUGCUGCAGUGGCCUCCCCCUCGGCUGCCUGGGCCGCCCCCUGCUUCGCCCACCCCCACCGAGGGUCCCCGGCCCUCAAGGCCCCCUGGCCCUGGUCCCCUCAGUUCUGAGGGUCCCAGUGGGAAGUGGAGCCUUGGGGGUCGGAAGGGCCUGGGGGCAUCCGAAGGGGAGCCGGCCUCAGGGAGUCCCAAAGGAGGCACCCCCAAAUCUCAGGCGCCCCUAGACCUCAGCCUCAGCCCGGAUAUCAGUACCAACACCUCGCCCCCCAGAGCGGCCCAGGACGUUCCUUGCUUGGACAGCAGUGCUCCCGAGAGCGGCACACCCACUGGGGCCCUGGGUGACUGGCCUGUCCCUGCUGAGGAACGCGAGAGCCCGGCCGCCCAGCCCCUGCUGGAGCAUCAGUACUGAGUGGCCUGUUACCCUGGAUCCCAGCCCAGGAUUCAGUAACUUGGACCCUUGGCCUCUGGCCCUCUCUGCUGGACCACAGAACUGAGUGGCUUUGGCCUCCGCAUCUGAACCCUGACCUCUGGCUGCUUUAGCCAGAGCACCAGAACUGAGUGGCCCAGACCUCUGACCUUGACCCCUGAUCUCUCAUCCCUAGUCUAGGGCCUAGGCUCCCCAAACUGAGGCAGGCAGCCUCCCAGCCAGGCCCUAAGAGCCAAACCCAUGGGCUGGUCCCACUUGAAGCCCGUGGCCAGGACUAACUUGGCCUCUGGGCCUGCACUGCCUGCAGGGGCAGCCCCUUGGCCCGGACUUGGGGCUGAAAUGUGGGAAGGGUGGUUUCUUUGUCUUUUUUUUGUCUUUUUUUUUUUUUUCCGUGCUUCGGAGACACCAGAAUUAAUAACACUAUUUUUGAUUUUG